AGAUGCUCGUAGAGUGUGGAACGUUAGUGUUUUGGCCAGUUAUUUAUGAUAUCUUCGCCUUGACGUCGAUCCCGUUGGAUACACUCGAAAGUUCCUGCAAUAAGAGCAAUAAUCAUCCUUAGUAUUUGGAGGCGAAAAUACCUGACGAUCGUAAUAAAGAACAUCGAAACAGCAAAAGUCGAAUAUGGCAGAGCAAGACGAACUUCUCCGAGAGCAGAUAGCAGUUGGAGAUCAAGAGGCGUGUCAAAGGUUAAAAGUCGCGGCGGCUAAGGAGGAAGAAAUCCGUGUGAGAAAAGCAGCCUUAUUAUCUAUGCUGAAGAAGCGGAUAGAGAAUAAAAAACAAGAGAUUAAGAAGGACAAAAGGAUCUGCAAAGUUCUGCAAAAGCUAUUACGUAUUGAUCCUAAAUCUAAUUGCUUACAUGUAGAAAACUUACUUGUGAGGAGAUUCUAUGACAAUUCCUACGAUGAUUUCCACAAGGACGGGGAAGAUAAAAUCCAGCGAUGUCCUAAGCGGCGUCGAAGAACCCAACGGACGGAAGAUGACUCUCACGACAAACCGGAUCUGAAACAGAAAAAACAAAGAAUUAGCAAAAGGAAGAAAGUUAAACGUACUUAUCAAGCAAUUUAUGAAAACGACGUUGACGAAGAAAUUAAGACAAUGUCGAACUACGAACAAGCCUGCAAUCCAUCCAAAGAAAAGAUGGAACGACACUAUAGACUACUACAAUAUUUGAAGAAAAGAAAGAAGAGAAACAAAGAUACUAGUGGCGACGAUAUCUGUGUAUUGGACGUCGUUGAUAUUAAUAGAGAAGACUAUUUAACUAGUGACUCACAGGAUACGAUGAAACUGAUCGAUAUGUCCGAGGGAGAACCGGACGACGGAGAAUCAGUGUUUCCUAACAAUCCUAUUGUAUUUUCCGAAAACUAUUAUAAAGCGUGCGCGGUAUUAGAUCGCGUACUGGAAAGACCAGAAAUAAUCGCGUCGGUGGUGAAUUGUAGAUUCAUGUUGCAAAUAAACAAAGAAUCCGAAGUAAAUGUACUGUCGCGCGACUUAUGUGAAUGCCUACUUCAAUACCCAGAAUCCACGUCUCGAGUGGUGCUGACUGAAGGGGAUGUCGAGAACUUUGCACCGGCGAGGCGUACGAUGAAGGUGGACUUCACUGUGGCGGGCGUCGAAUUAUCUGAAAUGUUUAUCGUCGUAGAAGAUACGGCGUUAAUAUCGGCGGCGUUGGGCCGACAGGCUAGUUUAAAUUUGAUUACCGGACUUCGAAAUUUCGGUGAGCUUACACACUACAGGAGAUUAAUACUAGAACAAGAUGAGAUGAUGACAGCGUUGAAGGACGACAAACUGAAGGAGAAUUAUCGCUUCUACGUUAAAUCAGUAGAAGAGUCAGAAAAAGUUCUAGCUGAAAAACAAGCUCUGAUAUCCAUAGUCCGACAACGCAGAAGCAAAAUUGAAUUACAAAAACGCCAGACACAACAGGCUUGCGAGAGCAAUAUUUUCGAAACGGAAGUAAUGAAGACAUCAAACACUGCCAAUGUCAACACACCGAAGUAGAUCGGGGAGUCUGGUAUUGACACA